AGGUUACAAUGUCUUAAUGUAAUUUGACUCGAGUGAAGGUGCAGUCAACGAAAGAGAAAUUUGUAUACUAAUCUAGUCGAUACUUAUAAAAUUAAACGCGAUCGCAGCCAGCGAACACACAUUUUACCAGACCGCCAAUGUCUAGAUUGUGUCUCACAACCGCAUCGCAUCAGAAAUGUUGUUGUAAAAAGCACCAAUUUGAAGCGAAAUUUCAUUUUUGCUGAGAUGCUUAUAAAAUAAUUUUCAUUCAUUCGGCAUACUUAAAAUAUUUUUUAGCUUUUUGACAAAAUAUGUUGUAUCAAAAAUCAAUAUUUAUACUGUUGGGAAUUAUGUACAUGGGAAUUAACGACGUUUUGUCAUCGAUUAUAAAAAGAAAAGUUCACAUAUCUGAGGAAAUUGACGAAGGAACCGUAAUUAUUGAUAUUUCUGAAGUUUUGGGACACAGUGAUAAAUCAAGAACAAACCGCGAAUACAAAUUAAUAUCUCAAGAACUGGCUACGAAUGUACAGGCAAUAGAUACACAGCAGUGGUUUAUAAUAGAUGAAAUUUCUGGAAACGUUGAGACCAAUCGUCGUAUCGACAGAGAUGAUUUGUGCAGAAAGAGUGGCACUUGUUUAAUUAAAGCCCAGAUAGUCGUUCUUCCUUACGAAAUCUUUCAAGCUGUUGAAUUAGAAAUAGUCAUCGAAGACAUCAAUGAUAACAAACCGAUAUUUCCAAAUGAAGUAGUCAUUAUGAAUUUGACUGAAAAAUGGAAUCUGAAUGAAAUUAUAAAUAUUGAUGUAUACCAGGCUACUGAUAACGAUAUUGGUAAGAAUGCGGCACUUCAAUACAAGUUAUUUCCGAAUCGAUUCUUUCGAAUAAAAUACUUCUUUGACAAAAGCAACUCAACACAUUUGGAACUGUACUUGCUACGGAAAUUAGAUUUUGAACAAACACCGAGAAUAGAAUUGAUAAUUGAAGCAAUUGAUGGUGGAAAGAAUGCUACAAAAGGAAGAAUGAUUCUCAUAAUCAAUGUGCUUGAUGCCAAUGACAAUGACCCAAUAUUUGAGAAAGAGAAAUAUUCUGUCAUAAUCAAAGAGAACCAGCCACCAGGUACACUUGUAACAGUGGUGCAUGCAAACGAUUCUGACAGUGACUUAUUUGGAGACGUUCGAUACUUUAUCUCAAAAAGAAAUAGUUUUGCUUCCCUAAAUGCCGUAAGAAUAGAUUCGAUAAGUGGGAAAAUCACACUGAAAAAACGUCUGGACAGAGAAAUAUCAGAACAAUUGAAAAUACGUGUCACAGCUAGAGAUAUGGAUCCUGUAAAACCAAGAUCAGGUGAAACUUGGGUUCAUAUCAAAGUUCUGGAUGUGAACGACAAUGAACCGAAAAUUAAGGUGGAUUUUGUGUCACAACAUGAUGGAGACACGGUUUACGUACUUGAAUCUAUUCCAAUUCAUUCCUACCUUGCAAAAGUCAAAUUCAGCGAUUCGGAUGCAGGGGAAAAUGGAAUGGUUCAUGGUUACAUAACAUCUAGUUCAGUGGUUGGAAGACAGAAAUUUGAAAAUGUUGACCAGCGAUUUGGAAUAUCAAAAGACGGAUUUGUUGAAACCUUACAUUCACUAGAUAAAGAGAUUUGUGAUCAUUACGAGGUUAUGUUGCAUGCUUGUGACGGAGGUUCGCCAAAAAGCUGUUCUACAAGAACAAUUUCUGUUGUGAUAUUGGAUGUCAAUGAAUGUAUUCCAAGAAUAGAAAAGCCGAUCAUACAUAUAAAUAUGAAGGAAGAUACCUACAUAGGCACAACAGUAACUCAGGUAGUCGCCGAAGACUGCGAUUCAGUGAACGGCCGAGGAUUGAUGUUAAAUAAAAGCGGACAUGUCGUGCCUUCUCGCAAUGGCGAGGUGUCGUAUUCUAUUAUUGAUGACGGCGGAGGUAGUCCUUUCAUUGUUGGUUCAAAGUCUGGUAUAGUACGAUUGCUGAAACCUCUAGACAGAGAAAAGAAAACGACUUGGAAUUUAAGAAUCUCGGUAAAAGAUGGCGGCUACCCACCAUUACAUGAAGUUUCUCACAUCAAUAUAGAUGUUGAAGAUAUCAACGAUAAUGUGCCCAUCUUUGUCAAUCCAAGAAAAAAUCAUUCGACGAUUUACUACAAUUUAUUAGAAAAUGGCGAAAUUAUAAGCAUACAGGCUAACGACCGAGAUGCUGGUUUGAAUGGUAAAGUUACUUAUCAUCUCAAAGCUUCAUACAGAGUUUAUGACAACUUGAAUCCGAAUAACAAACUACUGCCAAGACAUGCUUUUAACUCUCCAAUUUUUAUAUUAAAUCCUUCAACUGGUAGCUUGAGAAUGAAUUUCAGUCAUCAAAAUCCGGUGGACCUCAUUGGAAUUCACGAGCUACAAAUUCAGGCAAAAGAUGUCGGUAACCCGCCAAUGAGCAGCACUCUCUUUCUUCAAAUAGCAGUUAGCAACAAAAGUCCUGUCAAAGAAGAUUUAACGACUAAAACACAACCAAAAGAAAUAAAGCUAUUUGCUCUUAUACUUUCAAUAACAUGUGGAAUGCUGUUUACGGUUUUAAUUGUUUUCAUCGUAAUAUUCAAAUGUAGAUUAAUAGAGCAGAGCACUGAGCCUGAAAACAAACAUCAAGGUAACGUGACGUUGCCAAAAUUUUAUAAUGAACAAUCGGUUCAUUCGGAACGAAAUGAUGCGGUACAUGGAUACUCAGUACAUGGAUCGAAAUACAUGGAAUUUCCAAGAAAUGAGAAUAUUACUUCAAAUGGCGACUAUUCGGAGCGCAACCAACGAGUAGGAAUGAUAGAAAAACAGACAUCCUGCGACUCCCAAGACCAAAAUUUUCUGCUAUCUACACCCAGGCGUAUAGAUCUGGCGAUUUCUCCACAUUCUGAUGCGGACAGUGGAAGAGGUGACAGUGACAUCGACGCUGCCGUUUGUAAUGUUUUUGAUUCUAGUGGUAAAGAAUUCCGAGAUAACCGUAGGCAUCCGAAACAUCAUCCAAGACCUUCGCUACUCAAUAUACAGCACCGGGCUAUAAUAAGCGAAGAUAAUAUGGGAACUUCCACAAUGGAACGAAAAUCAAUAUGUGAUGAUAUAGACACAAGGGAAUCUUCACAAUCGUCGGAAUGUAACCGCGACCCAUUAGUAGAUUCACUUCCAAAUUCUGCAAAAUGUAUGAGGAUUGGUAGUAGAUUUUCAAAUUGUGGGAGUGAAGAUGGCUUUAAAGCUGGAUGUACAUUUUCAAAAUACACUAGAAGUAAUUCGAUGGAUUUAGCAAUGAGACAUUCUCAAAAUAAAUCUGCAUUUGUUGAAUUACCCGAUGAUGAUGAAAUUAUGCAGUCAGACAAAGAAGAGUCGGAAAGUGGAACUGAACUGCAAAUAUAGACGUCAUACAAUGAGAGUGUUAUUGAGCUGCGCUAAUGUAGUGGUUUCUGAGAAAUUCCCAGAUAUGGGUUUGCAUUCGGAUCUACAAAUAAAUAACCAAUGCCUAUAUCGGAUUAUCUGGUUUUUCUAUUCAUUCUCGAAAACACAAUUUCUUCAAAUUUCAUACCAAAACAUGUUGAAUAAAGCAACAAUUUAACAAUUUUCUAAGAUGCUAUUUAUUACUACUUCAUAUCCUGCUAAUAUCAAUAUUUGAUAGAUGAAUUUUAUUUUCAUGCUGUUACUUCUCAAUAAAGGAUACGCAAAUGUUUGAAAAUAAAACUGCGAGUGUUUCCCACAAUUUCCAGUUCAUUAGGUUUAGAAAAUUCGAGGAUAAAUGACUUCAGGUGGGCCAAAUGAACUAGCAAUUAAAUCGCUAGACUUAACUAACUCGUUGGCAUCGCAAAUUACAUACUUCUGGUUAAAAUCCAAUACCAGUCCUCUCGCAUAAAGUGUAAUAAAUUAGGCGGCAAUGCCUUAUCUGAAGAUCCCAAAAAUAAAAGCUAGUUAGUUACAUGUCAAUAGAUCUAAGUGGUUAAUUUUACAGCGCCUUGUUUAUAGCGAAAAGCAUCGAGCUUUAUAUUAUAUCUAGGUUCAUGAAAUCUGUUGCUUUACGCUAAAAUUUGCUUGCUUAUGACCGAUGAACUUACCGCGUGAACUUUGCGCCGCACGUGAAGUGAAGACUACAGGUACGCCAUUUGAGCAUUUCUUUAUAUUCAAAUAAUUAUUCAGUUACUGAAUGUUU